UUACCGCAUAAAUUGUAGACCCGGUACUUCGCAAGCUGCCGGAACCUCGAAUGUGGACGAAGAUCUGGUGAAUCACUUUUGAAGAAUUCAUUUGCAACCACAAUGAAAACUAUACUGAGACAAGAAAUUAACAUCAGAUGCCUGGGUUUCAGCCACGACAGACCAGAGCAGUUUGUACGAUGUCAGUGGCAAAAGAAUGAUGGAGUGAGCAUAAUUUACCUUGUGUACCGGUGGAUAUUUGGAAUUCUCUUCCUGAGCGUGUGGAUAUGGUCAUUUUUCUCUGCCGCGCAGCAGAACACGCCGACAGAAAACUUUCUGAGCAAGUGGCCAAUAUAUCUGACGAACUGGGGCUACACGCUCUGCACCGCACAAGCGCUACUGGCCGCAGGCCUCGUCACCCAGCAGCUUGUCAAGGAGAGGAAAACUGGUUUUACCACAGACCACGCACAGACACCCGUAAUAUACAAAGCUUACUGGCUGCUGCACACACUCGCUGUGGUUACUGCAAUUAGUAUCACCGGCUCUUACUUUGUUAUAGAUUAUGACCCAGCUGUCCACAACCUGACUGCACUGAACCUCCUCAUGCAUGCCUUCAAUUCCAUUCUCAUGGUGCUCGACAUCAUUCUGGUGGCUCACCCAUUCAGACUUAUCCACUUCUGCUGGUCACUCUUGUUUAUAUUCGUCUACUUCUGCUUCUCGGUGAUAUAUCAUCUUGCUGGUGGCACUGGCAAGAACAACGCUCCUUCCAUUUACCCUGCACUGGACUGGAGUAAGGUUGAAAGUACUCUGCCAAUCGCAAUUUUAGGCAUGCUGGCCGUCAUUCUAGCCCACUUCUGCACGUGGCUGGCCGUAAUUGCACGCAAUCGAAUAGCCAGAUCCAAGGAUGAUAAGUCCGAAGAACCGAAGAUCUCUAAACUGUCAUCCAAUCAGGUUCAACCAAUGGAUGUUGUCAUGUCAUGACGGCAACAGAAAUUAUGUGAUAAAACUACUUUAUAAAGAAUGUUGUAUGGUAACACAAAUUUAAAAAAACUCAACUUCACAGUUUGGGUGAAAUGUGCUCCAAAAUCUAGGUUCAUUGAACAUUCAGAAAUGCGCUAACAGCUGAAGAUGUGGAUCACUGGAAAUUAUUUUGCGAGCAAAAUUAAUGACAGGAACAAGAAAACCUAUAAAAAAUAGUUAAGGAUAAAUACGCAGAUACCACAUAACAUACAGCAACUGUAUUGCAUAAAUAUUUCUAAUUAAUACAAUUAAAUUGCAGUCAGUAGAUUAUUUCUGUUAGUAGAAACCGCUGAUUAAAUUUUAUAAACCAUACACACACAUGAUUUUUUCUUCAAUUUAACCUUUAAAAAACAGUAUUCACUUUUUGUUCAUGCGUGCUACUUGCUUUAUAGAAGAAUAAAUAUUUUAUAAGGCUAGCAAAUAUCACUAAUACCUACCUCUGUUUAUAACAUGUCUGCCUAAUUAGGUACAAUUUAGACUACCUUAAAGCCUGACUCUAGAACAUGGAGAGGGAAACACACACAAAAUUCUUCCAAACUUAAUUCACGAUAUCAAAUGUAGGAGGACUCCAAUGAAAACUGACCGCAUGCUUCUAUCAAAACUGGUAUUGCACUUAAAAUACAAAGACACUUCAAAAUUUGUGUUAAUUCUCGUUGUACAUUCAGCGUAGCCACCUACAUGUUUAAAAUGGUGUUCAAGUUCAGUCCAAAAGUAGAUGGAGGUUAGUAGCUGCUUUCAUGCCGAAAACCCACUUAACCUGCAGGGUACAGUCCCCAGAGCAUAUGAGAUAGGAUGCUGGUUGUUCCCUUAAACUGAUAUAGACAGGAUGGCCAAUAUAAAGAACUUGUCUCUGCCACGAAUCUUUGCUGUCCUGCCAGAAACUGCUCUAUCUAUUGACUCGAGUAGCCUGGUUCAUAACCAGUUAUAUGUAUAAUUAUAUUUUGGGACAUAUUGAAUAAGAAUGGUAGAUGAGGUAAUACAUAAUUGUCUAUUAUUUUCAAUUCUUUUAAGGAAACAAUAUAAAAACAACGGAUUUCAAGGCAAAGUUCACGGAGGGAUUACCGUAACAACACACCUCUCAUGUACCGACAGCCGUACCUUUAUCCACCUUCUUCUGUUUCCUAACUUUGAAGCGACUCUUUCUGUCACGACAUUUCUGUAUCGAGGGAUCCCGCUUCUUGCUUCGUUUUUCUACCUUCAGCCGCUGCUUCUCUUCUUUCUAUUAAAGUAAUAUGUAAUUUUACUUAAUUAAACACGGUACUUACUACAGUAUUCAUUGUUACAACAAUUACAUGUAACGAAACAAAACGCCACAGAUGAAAUUAAAGAACUCUCAUAUCGAGACAA